AAUUAAUGUUAUAUGAGUUCUGCUAAGAGGCUGGGGCUGGUGGGCGCCGUAAUAAAAUUCUCCAUUGUUUUCUCCAUUUUAUCAGCGCACGGGAGUUACCAGCCAUUAGAACAUCUCAGGGGAGGAAGCCAAGGCACCCAGGAGGAGGAUUUGCAAAGUCCAGGCGGUGAGGCGCGGCAGGCGUGCGUCUUGUCCUGGACAUGGUGGCCCACCCCGCUGCCGUAGCCACCCCCCAGACACCCCAGGGGGACACGACCAUACCCAGGGGCAGGGGACGGCCACGGAAGGAUGCCACAGGGACAGGAAGGAUAUCACUGAAGAAGGAGAAGGAGGAGGAUGCAGGAAAAGGACGUCUGAGAAAUGGAGGAACGAGAGUGGCAGGGAAGGUGGAAGAGGGAGGAAAAGGAUCUGAUGAAGGGAGGAAAAAGGGAGAGAAUGAGAGAAUGGGAAGAGAGAAAGAGAGAGAGAGACAGAAAGGGAUGAAGAGAGUGGAGGAGGGAGGAAAAAGGGCUGAUAAAGGGAGGAAUAACGGAGAGAAGGGAGGAAAAAGUGAGAGAAUGGAGAGAAACAGAGAGAGAGAAAGAGAGAACGGAAAGAGAGGAAGAGGAAGAGAAGAUGAUAAACGGAGAGAGAGAAUAAUACCAAAGAAAGAGGAGGAGGAGAAAGAGGAAGAGGAGGAAGAUGAUUUUGACUUCUCGGUAAUUGAAAAAAAAAUAUUUGAAGGAACGGAAGGAGGAGGAAGAGGAAGAGGAAGAAGAGACAUAAAACAAGAGAAAGGAGGAAGAGGAAGAGGAGGAGGAGGAGGAGGAAGAGGAGGAGGAAAGAAAGUGAAGGAGGAGGAAAAAGUGGAGGAAAAAAUCACAAAAACUCCUCCAUCAGGAAAACUGGAGAAAAAAACAAAGAAGGAGGAAGAAGAGGAGAGAAAAGGAAGAGGAAGAGGAGGAGGAGAGAAGAGAGAAGAGGCAAUGCAACAAAGAGGAAGAAGAAAGAGAAGUGUUGAUAAAGAAGAAGAGGAGGAGGAGGAAGAGAGGAAGAAGAGGAGGAGGAAGAAUGUGAUAAAAGAGAAGAAAAUGAAGGAAUUGAAUAAAGGAAGUGAGAGAAAGAAGAUUAAAGAGGAGGAGGAGAGGAGGAGAGAAGGGAAGAGGAAGGAGAAAGAGGAUAGGAAGAGCGGAAGAAGUGGAGGAGAAGAAGGAAGAAGAGGAGGAGGAGGAGGAGGAAGAGGAAAUAUACAGAAACAAGGAGGGAGAGGAAGAGGAGGAGGAAGAAAAGAAGAAGACAGAGGAAGAACAGGAAGAGGAAGAAGAGGAGGAGGAAGAGGAGGAGGAAGACCACAAAAAACACCACCACCAACAACAACAGCGUCAGAAUCCGAGCUCAGCGACUGGGAGGAGGUGGAUGAAAUGGAGGGAGUGGAUGAGGUGGAGGAACUUCUCUCCAAGCCUUCCUCCUCCUCCUCCCAGCCCGACGGAGGAGGAGGAGUGAGGAUUGAGUUAGACGCCCCGGAGACCUUGUGGGGAAUGAAGAGGAGGAAGAAGAGGAGAACGGAAGAGGAGUUGAUCGAAGACUACCUGCGCAAGAGGGUCAAUGAUACCAUACGAAAGGUGGCACUCAACAUGCACAAAACCCACCUCCUGUGCCUCCUAGCCCACGGACGGCACCUCAACACGGCACUCGGGGGCGGCACUGUCCUGGGAGCGGCCCUGUCCACCACCCCAGGCCGCGCGGCACACCCCAAGGGGAGACUCGACCUUGGGCACCUUCAGCGUUUAGUGGAGUGGUUUGGGAAGAAAUUUAAGCGGGUAAAACUUGAUGUCGAAACGGAUUAUCACAGAACGGCUGUUGACGAGGUUCUGGUGCGACGCUUCGGCACUCAGGAGGUCCGGAGUGCCAAGGAGGCCGUGCUGUGUUUUGUGGCACUGUGUCGCUCGCUUGGUAUCAGUGCCAGGCUCGUUUUGGCACUGCAACCUAUGUCGUGGAAACCAGCAUCUGGCGCGCUUAUAAAACCCAACAAAGAGUGCCAGGAGAGUGCCAAGGGGGAGAGUGCCAGUGUCGGGGGUAAGGGAGGAGGAGGAGGAGGGGGUGACGCAUCUUCCGCCCCCUCGACAUCCUCCUCCUCCUCCUCCUCCUCUGCACAGAAGAUGAAAAUCCCUAACCGUAAAAUGCUCUCAUCGGAUUCUGAAACAUCGCCGAUACAAGAAAAGAGAGGAAAAGGAAGACCUGUCGGAGGAGGAGGGAAGAGGAGGAAGACUACGGAAAAGGAGGAGGAAGAGGAGGAGGAGGAGGAGGACAGCGACUUCAAACCACAGAAGAUGAAAUACCGACGGACAUCAAAGCAAGGGAAGAGAAGAGAAUCGCAAGAGGAAGGAAGAGGAGGGAAGAAGGAGGAAGAGGGGGAGGGGAAGAAGAGGAGGAGGGCGGAGGGGAUGGAGGAGUGGGCGGAGGUGUUUGUGGAGGAGGAGGAGAGGUGGGUGUGCGUGGAUGUCGGGCGGAUGAAGAUACAUUGCGUGACGGAAAUUGAGGCGAGGAUGCCCCCCGGGUCAGCCUACAUCACCGCCUUCAACCCUGACCUGACCCUCAAGGACGUGACCCGGCGAUACGUGUCCAGCUGGCUGUCGGCAGAACGGAAGCUGAGGCCCUGCAGUGACUGGUGGAAGGCUUCGCUCCGCCCGUUCGAGGGAGCGAGAGGGAGGAAGGACAAGGAAGAGGAGGAGGAGAUGGAGAAGACGCUCCACCUUCAACCUCUUCCCAAGACUAUUGCUGAGUACAAGAACCAUCCUCUCUAUGCCCUCCAGCGACACCUGCUCAAGUUCGAGGCCAUCUACCCCCCGGAUGUGUCACCCGCCGGCUUCUUCAAGAGUGAGCCGGUCUACCCAAGGUCCAGCGUACACAACCUACACUCCCGGGAGACAUGGCUGAAGGAGGCAAAGUCGGUGCGCGUGGGAGAGGAGCCUUACAAGACUGUCAAGGCCAGGCCAAAGUGGGACAGGGUAAGAUGCCAGGUGAUCAAGGACAUUCCACUGGAGCUGUUCGGGGACUGGCAGGUGGAGGAUUACGAACCACCUGUGGCCGCGGACGGGAAGGUGCCGCGGAAUGAAUAUGGCAACGUGGAGAUGUACAAGCCUUCCAUGCUGCCCAGGGGCUGCGUGCACAUCCCAGUCGCCGGUAUCAACAAAGUCGCUCGGAAACUCAAAAUAGACUGUGCUCCGGCGAUGGUUGGGUUCGACUUCCACUCGGGCUUCACGCACCCUGUUUACGAGGGCUAUGUGGUGUGCGAGGAGUUCAAGGAUGUGCUGAUGGAUGCUUGGAACCAGGAGCAGGAGGAGCAGGCAAGGAGGGCGGAGGAAAGGAGAGAGAAGAAAGUGUACGACAACUGGAGGAAACUGAUCAAGGGCUUGCUGGUGAGGGAGAGAGUGAGGGAGAGGUACCAGUGUAGCUCGGAGGAGGAGGAAGAGGAGGAGGAGGAGGAGGAGGGGAAGAGGAAGAAGAAGAAGGAAGAGACUGUGAAGAAGCGGAAGAUCAAGCAAUCGGAUCUGGAUAAAUUAUGUGAAAAGGAAGAAAAAGUGGAGGAAAAUGUGGAAAACGGAGAUAAGGUGGAGAAAAACGGAGGUAACCGGAGCACAGAGGUGGAGACUAACCCCUCCUCCACCUCCUCCACCGCCGGCAAGCCUCCACUCAUCACGCACCACGUCAAAAACCUCUCGAUUGACCUAACGUCCAAUGUUGUCGAGAUGGCAAAACGCAGCCGUCAAAAAUUGAUGAAGUCGAAAAACACGGCCAAAAGGAGGGAGAAGAGGAGGAAGGAGGACGUCGCCGGAGGAGGAGGAGGAGGAGGAAGGGUGAAGGAAGACCAGGGGGGAGUGCAAGGCCUGAGCGAGGAGUCUGAGGCUUCUGAUGAAGAGUUGAAGAAGGAGAAAAUUCGAGCGAUUCUUAACUGGGGAACGGAGAGUAAGGUCAAGGGUCCGAACUUAAGCGACGACAGCGCUGAUGAGGACGAUGAUGAUGACUCGGCGGAUGACUCAACCACUCCGCCAAACCUCGACCCACCCCUCAACCGCUUCCGAGGCUUCACCGAUCAACCGAAGCAACCAAAACAACCGAAAACGAAACGAAAGUACGCCGGUAGAAAGUCAGAUUCAGAAUCGGAGGUGGAAUCAGAUGCCUCAACCAGCCGCUCAACCACGCCGGAACCGGUUGGCGCUUCGGUUGAGGGCACCAGAAGGGUCUCCGCGCGUACGGCCAAGAGGAAAGUUACGAGUUACCAAGAGAAGAAGAAGAAGAAGGAGGAAGAGGAGGAGGAGGAGGAGGAGGAGGAGGAUUUAUCAGAUGACGAAAGUGAUUUUGAGGAUAAAUCUUACAUUCCAGAGAAGGUAAAAUGAGUGUGUGUGUGUACGUACAUGUGUGUGUGUGUGUGUGUGUGUGUGUGUGUGUGUGUGUGUGUGUGAUGUUGGUUGAAUCUCAGGUUUAAUUUAGUAGUUGUAGUAGUAGUAGUAGUAGUAGUAUAUUAAUAGUGGUGGUGGUGGUGGUAGUAGUAGUAGUAGUAGUAGUAGUUAACUUUUCUACUUUUCAUAAAAAAAAAAAAAUGAGAAAGUGAGAAAGAAAGAAAGAAAGAAAGAAAGAAAAAAAGAAAUUAAGAAAAUUAAAAGAAAAAAACAAGAAUAAGAAACAAAGAAAGAAAGGGAGGAAGGAAGGGAAGGAAAAUAAGAUAAACAAGUAAAUAAGGAAAGAAGAAGAAGAAGGAAAAAAAGAAAACAGGAGGGAAAAUAAAUAAAAGGGGAGAAAGGAAAAAGAUAAGAGAGAGAGAGAGAGAGAGAGAGAGAGAGAGAGAGAGAGAGAGAGAGAGAGAUAAAUAAUUAAUGUUAGUAAUAAAAUAUGUAAUAAAUGAUCUUAAAAGUA